UUUGACCCGGGCGUGUGUACCGGCGGCCUCUGCGUGGCUGCCCGUCGCCAGUUCAGUGGCCGGCGGCUCCCGGUCAGUCCCGGUCCCCCCGGUCCAGGCCCGAAGCCUCGGCCUUGCCCUGCCCAACUCGCGGGAAGGACUGAGCUUCAGCCCGGCUGCCGAGGAUGGAGCCCGGCCUGGCGGCGGCCGCGCAGCCCUGGAGGGAGAAGUGUCCGUGGGGAGCACCUCCUUCCACAAUAACACCCUGCUCCCUUUCCGAUGUAAUGAGUGAGGAGCUUGCUAAAGAAUUGCAACAACAGGAACAGAAUGCAGCAUUCCCUCACGUCAUCGGCAUUGAUGCGGCAGCUCUCAUUGGGGAGGGCACCGAGACCUCCAGCGACCUCCUGUUGGCCCAGAUGCUGCAGAUGGAAUUUGACCGGGAGUAUGACGCACAGCUUCGCCGAGAAGAAAAUAAACUGAAUGGCGACAGCAAAGUUUCCAUUUCGUUUGAGAAUUACCGAAUGGUGCAUCCAUUUGAAGAUAGUGAAAGCUCGGAAGAUGAAGUUGAUUGGCAAGACACAAGGCAUGAUCCUUAUAAACUCGAUAAACCUUCAACAAAUCCGAAGCGAGGAUUUGCAGGAAAGGGGAAAGAGAUUACCACCAAGCACGAUGAGGUGACGUGUGGCAGGAGGAAUACGGCUCGAAUGGAAAACUUUGCUCCAGAGUUCCAAGUUGGCGAUGGAAUUGGGAUGGAUUUGAAACUCUCUAACCGUGUUUUUAAUGCACUAAAGCAGCAUUCGUACUCAGAACAGCGUCGCAGUGCCAAGAUCCAUGAAAAGAAAGAACACUCCACUUCUGAUCAAGCUGUAGAUUCGAAGACCCGCCUGCUGCUGUACAAGAUGGUGAAUUCUGGGGUACUGGAAAACAUCAAUGGCUGCAUCAGCACAGGCAAAGAGUCUGUGGUUUUCCAUGCUAAUGGGGGAAGCUUGGGGGACCAAAUGGUUCCCGCAGAGUGUGCCAUCAAAGUUUUCAAGACAACUCUUAAUGAGUUCAAAAACCGGGACAAGUACAUCAAAGAUGAUUACAGGUUCAAAGACCGCUUCAGCAAGCUGAAUCCUCGCAAAAUCAUCCGCAUGUGGGCAGAAAAGGAAAUGCACAACUUGACCAGAAUGCACAAAGUUGGAAUUCCCUGUCCAGAGGUGGUUCUUCUCAAGAAGCACGUUCUGGUGAUGUCGUUCAUUGGCCAGGAUCACGUGGCAGCUCCCAAAUUAAAGGAUGUUCAACUUAACAAUGAAGACAUGAAACGAGCCUACCACCAGGUCUUGCAUAUGAUGCAACAGCUGUACACUGAAUGCAACCUCGUUCAUGCUGACCUGAGCGCCUACAACAUGUUGUGGCACAUGGGGAAGAUCUGGUUGAUUGACGUCAGUCAGUCUGUGGAACCCACUCAUCCCCAUGGACUCGAGUUUCUCUUCAGGGACUGUAAAAAUGUAUCUCAGUUCUUCCAGAAGGUGGGAGUUGCAGAUGCGAUGGGUGAACGGGACCUGUUCAAUGCUGUCUCUGGUCUGGACAUUACCGCCAAUAAUGAAGUGGACUUCCUUGCUGAGAUCGAAGCUUUGGAAAAAAUAAAUGAAGAUCACGUCCAACAGCAUGGGAAACAUGCAGAUUUCGAGUCUGAUGAAAGCCCGGUUGAUGAUUAAAGGAGGAAUGAAUUUUUAAAUAUUUUACUUAGCUGGCUUUUCGCGAGAGGGAAGGGUAACCUGGCAAACUGGGAUUCGACUGAGCCAGAAUUGCAAUUUAAUCUGGAUUAAAAUUAAAACGAGCAUCAGUAGAUUUGUGUGCCCAAUAUUUAUUAUGACAGAAACCAGACAAGUGUGGUGAUGCUGGAAUCCGAAGUUCCUGCUUUAUCUGCACUGUUCACUAAGUUGAUUUCUGUGCAACAACUAAAUGCUUUGAAGUUUUAACAAAAGUAAAUGUAACCACAGGGGUGACCUGCUGCCCAGCGCAGGAUUGAAAUGGUGUCGGAGUCAAGCCUAUGGUCACUGCCUGAUUCUGUGAGAAGGUGGUUCUGCCUUUUACCAUUUGACACGUUCAUCAGUAACCUGAGUCCCUCUAAAACUGAUGUCCUCACAUCACUGCAAAUUCUAGUGGUGGCAAAAUGUAAUUUAAAGCAUAAAAAGAUAAUAUGGCUUUUACUUUAUUUUUGAAAUGUUUAAACUACUACUCUCAAUCCUGUUAAUUGUAAUGGAUUACAAAGCAGCUGGUAGGUUGGAGUGACUGUAACUCAGCGCAAGUUAUUUAAGAAUGCUUAAUUGUUAGUUGUCAAAAGAUCAUUCACAAAUCUAAAAGAUAUUAAAAAUGUCAGAUGCUUGGGAUCAAA